GAACACCUUUUUUUUUUUACGGGGAAUUGGUUUGAACUUAUACAUGAUCAAAAUUCAAAAUAGAGGUGCUAAACUGCUAAACAUGGUCCACUUAGUUGGCCUAUAUAAAUAAAUCAAAGUUGGAAAGACCCAUUCUUGUCCAAAACAAGAAAUUAUGGAGAACGAAAAUCAUGAAGCAAGAAAUAAGCAAGUAAUAUUGAAGAAUUAUGUAAUCAAACGUUUUCCAAAGGAAUCAGACAUGGAAGUGAAGACUAAUAAGAUUGAGCUUAAACUUCCAGAAUCAUGUUCUAACAAUGAUAUUCUUGUGAAGAAUCUCUACAUCUCUUGUGAUCCUUACAUUCGAAAUCUUAUUAACGAUGACAACAACAUGCCUGCUGCCCAUAGGACUCUUGUUGGAUCGCCAUUGACUGGAUACGCAGUGGCCAAAGUAUUGGAUUCCAAGCACACCAACUACAAGAAAGGCGAUCUAGUAUGGGGAAUUACAAGGUGGGAAGAAUACAGUCUUCUUUCAUCAUCUAACAGCCUAUUCAAAAUCCACCAUGUUGAUGUUCCUUUGUCAUACUACACUGGAAUUCUUGGGAUGCCUGGUAUGACAGCUUAUGCAGGGUUUUAUGAAGUGGGAUCUCCAAAGAAGGGAGAUCGUGUAUUUAUCUCAGCAGCAUCUGGUGCUGUUGGUCAGCUAGUUGGCCAAUUUGCUAAGUUAGCUGGUUGCUAUGUUGUUGGUACUGCUAGCACCAACCAAAAGGUUCACCUUUUAAAGAACGAAUUAGGCUUUGAUCAAGCUUUCAAUUACAAGGAAGAAAAAGAUUUGGAUCUUGCCUUGAAGAGGUAUUUUCCAGAGGGUAUAGACAUCUACUUCGAAAAUGUUGGAGGGAAGCUGCUUGACGUUGUCCUCCUUAACAUGAGACUCCAUGGUAGAAUCAUCGCUUGCGGGAUGAUUUCACAGUAUAACCUAGAGCAAUCUGAUGGUGUUCACAACUUGAGUGUGAUCGUGAGUAAACGAAUUCGAAUGCAAGGAUUUGUAGUUUCUGAUUUCUAUCACCUUUAUCCAAAGUACCUUGAGAUGAUCCUUCCUUUUAUCAAGGCAGGCAAGAUUUCAUAUGUGGAAGACAUUGCUCAAGGUCUAGAGGCUGCUCCUGGAGCUUUAAUUGGUCUUUUCACUGGUCGCAAUGUUGGAAAGCAAGUUAUAGCAGUUGCUCGUGAGUGACUAUUAAUUCUGGAGUAUGAACGAUCUUUCUAUGUCCCCUGAUCUUUGGACGUGCAAUUAAAUUUACCAUCUUAGAAACUGAUUGUGCUAAGUCAAAUAUGUUUUCUUAUUCUUUUUCAUGUUGCUACUUUGGCCAGUAUACCCUUAUUAUUUAUUCAUGUAUCAAUAAAACAAGUCUUCUAAGCCAAGGCAAUGCACAAGUUGUUGAAAGUGCAAUGACAAUAACAAUAACAAUAACAAUAACAAUAAUAAUCCUUUUUUAUAUUGCAACGCGAGAGAGUUAU